AUUUACAUAACUCAUACAGUGUUUUUUGAUAAUAUUAACUAACUCAACUUUUUUUCUUUAAAGGACCAUGGAUACUCCACCUGCCUCGCCUCCUCCUCCUCUUCCUCCUCCUCCUGCAGACGCUGAUGCGUCUCCAUCUACGUUGAAGCGGACACGCAAGGCGACACGGCUACGAUCAUUGGCCACUAGACCACCUGGGGCAGAAAGACCUGUGGUCAACGUCGAUCCUGCUACCGGCAAGGCCGACGGUCCCCACAAGAAGAAAUUAAGAACAUAUUUGGGGAUUUUCGCUCGUGAUAAGGUCGACGUGACAUAUGACACCUGGAAGGAAGUCCCUACUGCUCAGAAGGAUUUGAUAUGGGAGGAUAUUCAGGCGGAAUUUCAAAUCCCUGAAGCUUCUGAUAAUAGGACAAAGAAGAAAAUUCUUCAGAUUGUCGGCGAGCGCUGGAGGCAGUUUAAAUCUGACUUGACUAGGAAAUGGGCACUUGCAGUCGACAAGGACGGUGCGGACGACAUUGUCUGUGAAAAAUAUGGCAUUAGCAAGGAGAAAUGGACUCAGUUUUGUCAGACCCGCAGAGACCCCUCAUGGGAGAUGUACGGAAAAAGGCACAGGCCUCCCAGAAGCAAAACACUGCCCCCCACGUAUUGUCUCGUGGGGGUUAUGAAUAUUUAGAAGAAAAGUUCAUGGCUGAGAAGACAAAGAAAAGACUGGAAGAAGCUUCCCAGUCUGGAAGCACUGAGGGCAUCAUUGACCCUCCAUCUCCCAUCAGACGCCACGUGAAAUGGAAGAUGGCCCGCACGAAGAAAAUUGGACAGAUGACGUCUGAGGCAGCAAAGGAAAUAGCUGACAGGAUUGUAAGUCAUUUUUAAUUAAUAAUUGUAAUUAUCUUUGUGUAUUUUGUGAAUUCUUUGGACAAA